GUCGGAGGGAAAGUACAAGGGAGCUGACCCUGGGUAGAACGGGUGAAGGGGUGGGGGAGCGUGAGGUUCCUGCCUCUCUUGAGAUUGGAGCCAGUUGAGGGACAAGUAGGGCAGCGGGACAGAAAUUGGGCCCCUAGGGGAUUUGGGUCCGUUUCCUUUGGGACGUUUUGGGUGUAAGAACUUAAGAGCUCAGUUGACCGGGGAUAGACUGUGCCGGAGUUGAUCUGCAACUUCCAGCACUCGUAGUUAGGAAGAGGAGCUUCAGCGGUGCCGUUGUCCCUCAGUAGGUCGUCUGUCCGCACCCCCUCUGCGCUACACCUUCUUAACGCUAUUCCCAGGAGCUGGGAAAAGGGAUGCUUUGGCCCAGUCCCAUGGCCCCUGGAGCUGGUGGAAACCUUUCCUCUAACCAGAAAGCCUCGAUACCUUUAAUUCACCAAGGAUCCCUGACGUGGAGUCUUCCUGCCUUCUCCCAAAUCUUUCUCCGUGAACUUUUCCUCCUGGACUUUGCUAAAGUAGAACCUCCCAGCUCUCUGCUGUCUCCGGUCAUCUCUUCCCUGUGUUCAUGGCAACAUCAGCUGCCAGCACCAGUUCACCCCUCGGGGCGGAGGAUCUCCUGAGUGAUUCAUCAGAACCCCCUGGGCUCAACCAAGUGUCCUCCGAAGUGACCUCCCAGCGCUAUGCUUCUUUGCGCCUCAGCCGACAGGCGGAGGCCACAGCCCGAGCCCAGCUGUAUUCACCCUCCACCUCCCCGCCUCGUGAGGCGUUAGACGGCUUAGCCCAAGAAUUGACUCGAAGCUUGUCAGUCGGAUUGGAAAACAACUUAAAGAAAAAGGAUGGUUCUAAGCAUAUCUUUGAGAUGGAAAGUGUUCGGGGUCAGCUCCAGACCAUGCUCCAAACCUCACGUGAUGCAGCCUAUCGGGAUCCCCUCAUUCCUGGCACUGGCUCAGAGAGACGGGAAGAAGACUCCUUUGACAGUGAUAGCACAGCCACCUUGCUCAACACCCGGCCCCUGCAAGACUUGUCUCCAUCUAGCUCAGCCCAAGCCUUGGAGGAGCUGUUUCCCCGCUACACUAGCCUUCGGCCAGGGCCUCCACUCAAUCCACCAGAUUGUCAGGGGCUGAGAGAUGCAUUGGAUUCAGAGCAUACCCGCCGCAAGCAUUGUGAGCGCCAUAUUCAGAGCCUGCAGACCCGAGUGUUAGAGCUACAGCAACAAUUAGCCGUGGCUGUGGCUGCCGACCGCAAGAAAGAUAUCAUGAUUGAACAACUGGACAAGACCCUGGCCCGUGUGGUGGAGGGCUGGAACCGGCAUGAGGCUGAGCGGACAGAGGUUCUCAGGGGACUUCAAGAGGAACGCCAGGCAGCAGAGCUCACCAGAAGCAAGCAGCAGGAGACAGUAACCCGGCUGGAACAAAGCCUUUCUGAGGCCAUGGAGGCCCUGAAUCAUGAGCAGGAAAGUACCAGACUGCAGCAACGGGAAAGAGAGACAUUGGAAGAGGAAAGGCAAGCUCUGACCCUGAGCUUAGAGGUAGAGCAGCAGCGGUGCUGUGCGCUGCAGGAAGAGCGGGAUGCAGCUCGGGCUGGGCAACUGAGUGAGCAUCGAGCGUUGGAGGCUCUUCAGGCUGCCCUAGAAGAAGAACGGCAGACCUGGGCCCAGCAAGAGCUCCAGCUUAAGGAACACUACCAGGCACUGCAGUUGGAGAGCCAGGCUCACCUGGAAAGAGAGAAGGAGAAGGGUCAGAGGGAAGCCCAGGCAGCCCGGGAGGCCCAGCACCAGUUGGCAUUGGUGCAGUCUGACAUGCGGCGGUUGGAAGGAGAGCUGGACACGGCUCGGAGAGAGAGAGAUGCCCUGCAGCUGGAAAUGAGCUUGGUGCAGGCCCGGUAUGAAAGCCAGCGGAUCCAGAUGGAGUCGGAGCUGGCUGUGCAGCUGGAGCAGCAGGUGACAGAGCGGCUGGCGCAGGCUCAGGAGAGCAGCCUACGGCAAGCAGCCUCCCUCAGGGAACAGCACAGGAAGCAGCUGCAGGACCUCAGUGGACAGCACCAGCAGGAGCUGGCCAAUCAGCUGGCUCAGUUCAAGGUGGAAAUGGCAGAACGAGAGGAACGGCAGCAGCAGGUGGCUGAGGACUAUGAGCUCAGACUGGCCCGUGAGCAAGCACGAGUACGUGAACUUCAGAGUGGGAACCAACAGCUGGAGGAGCAGCGGGCGGAGCUGGUGGAACGUCUGCAGGCCAUGCUGCAGGCCCACUGGGAUGAGGCCACUCAGCUGCUCAGCACCACUCUCCCGUCGCCCAACCCGCCAGUUCCUCCUGCUGGACCUUCCAGCCCUGGGCCUCAGGAGCCAGAGAAGGAGGAGAGGAGGGUCUGGACUAUGCCUCCUGUGGCCGUGGCCCUGAAGCCUGUAUUGCAGCAGAGUCGGGAAGCAAGGGACGAGCUACCUGGAGUGCCUCCUGUUCUUUGUAAUUCAUCCUCAGAUCUCAGCCUCCUGUUGGGCCCCUCUUUUCAAAGCCAGCAUUCUUUCCAACCCCUGGAACCCAAACCAGAUGUCACUUCAUCCACAGCUGAGGCCUUCUCUGCACUCGGGGCCUUCCAUCCGGAUCAUAGGGCAGAACGGCCAUUCCCUGAGGAAGAUCCUGGACCUGACGGGGAAAGCCUGGUAAAGCAAGGGCUGCCACCUGCCCAAUUGGAGGGCCUCAAGAAUUUCUUUCACCAGUUGCUGGAGACAAUGCCCCAGAACAGUGAGAACCCUUCUGUCAACCUGUUGCCGCCUAAGUCUGGUCCUCUGACUAUCCCAUCUUGGGGGGAAGCCCCUCAAGUGCCACGUCUUCCACCCCCUGUCCACAAAACCAAAGUUCCCUUAGCCAUGGCAUCUAGUCUUUUCCGGGUCCACGAGCUUCCCUCCUCCCAUUCACAAGGCAAUGGCCCCAGCAGUGGUUCCCCAGAGAGAGGUGGAGAUGGGCUCACAUUCCCAAGGCAGCUGAUGGAGGUGUCUCAACUGCUGCGACUCUACCAGGCUCGGGGCUGGGGGGCUCUGCCUGCUGAGGAUCUGCUGCUCUACCUGAAGAGGCUGGAACAUAGCAGGACUGAUGGCCGAGGGGAUAAUGUCCCCAGAAGGAACACAGACUCCCGCUUGGGUGAGAUCCCCCGGAAAGAGAUUCCCUCCCAGGCUAUCCCUCGCCGCCUUGCUACGGCCCCCAAGACUGAAAAACCUCCCACGCGAAAGAAAAGUGUGCACCCUCCCUCAAGUAGCAUGAGGAGCCGGGGGGGAGUCUGGAGAUGAGCCCCCUACCCUCUCUCCUCUUCUUUGUUCUCUCGUUGUUGUUAUUUUAAUAAAUGCUCAGUAGUCUGUA